UUUGUUGCCUUCGUCCACCACUGGCACCAGCACCCAGCGAGCAAAAUCGACGUGGAUCCUCCUGUGACAAACAUUCGACCCAAAAAAACUGCUCGGAUUAAAGGCACAAAGACGACUCGGCAGCAAAUAUCGUUGCUCAUGCAGCCAUCGAACAAGUCGCAGGUGAUUAGCAAGCCAAGACGGGAAGUGUCCAGCGCAAAAGAAGAUGAUAUUGAACAGGACGAACUUCAGUCAGACAUUGAAGACACUACACAUCUUAUUAUGCCGAGCUUCCACAACGCAACAUCUUUGCCAGUGGACACCAAAUACCAACGCAAAGGCGAUUCUAAACCAGCAUUGUUCGAAGACACCCAUGCCAAUACCAUUUCGGGCGGGCCGGUCGAUUUCUACAAUAUUCCCGCUUACACAUUCGACAUGUGUAUGUACCGCUUGGCGGCCCAUGCUGUGCAAUUGGAGAGUUCAAGUGAGAACCAGAAGAAGAUCAAGGAAGGAUUAGAGCGGGCGGUUAAGAGGAUGGAUCAGAUGCGCACCGAGAGCAGCUAUCGGAUGCUCAAGACACAACGGUGUGACCAUGAUAUGCGGCCGACCGUAACCAAGUUGGAAGGAAAGAUGAACCUUCGUCCACAUGAAGUGUCCAUUGCAGGCCAAGUAGAGCAACACACAGAACACCCAGAUGGAAAUUCACCAAUCGUAAUACUUGAUUCGGAUGAUGACUGCACCGAGUGGGAGUUGUUGUACCCGGAAUGA